AUGGGAGACGUCUGCUACAAGUUCGUCCGGCUCCGGAACAGCUUCUGUGGAGCCCAGGCCUGGUGCCAGGCCAAUGGCGGGCGCCUGGCGCACCCCUGGAACCCAGAGACGCAGGCCCUCCUGAGCCACUGCCUGGCGGAAGGGGAGAAGUGGUGGGUCGGCCUGCGAGAGCAUCCAGGUGAAAAGAACCCAGGCUUCUCUGCCCACGGGGCGGACGCAGCUGUUACCCCCUCCCCUGCCGGGUGCAGUUACCUCAUCAGGGACUCAGGCGCCAUCAGGUCCAGGAGGGACACGUGUGCACAGGAGCUAUAUUUCAUCUGCCAGUUCGACUGGGGAGAGCAAGAAAGAAACCUCACAGGAGGACACCAAGCCAGCCACAGGGACCAGCACAGACACCAGACCGGCCACGGGGACCGGCACAGCCAGCAGACCGGCCGCGGGGACCGGCACAGCCACCAGACCGGCCACGGGGACCGGCACAGCCAGCAGACCGGCCGCGGGGACCGGCACAGCCACCAGGUCGGCCGCGGGGACCGGCACAGACAUCAGGCCCGCCGCAGGUGCAUGCUCCAGAGCAGGGGCACAGCUCCAGGCCAAGCGUUCGACCCCCCUGGUUUUGGGAGCUCAGCUGGAGAGAAACUGGCUCGAUUCUGUCUGAGCUUCCUUCUUUCCUCAGCAGGGCACCUCGUGCAGCGCAGAGACGCAGCCACGGCCUGGCCGACGCAUUCCUGCAGGAAAAAUAUGUGCAACGGAACCCAGACGACCGCAGGAACAGCCACCGCCCUGCAGGACCCUAACCUGGACCCAUUUACAGUGAACCCUUGGACUUUGCUCCAGGAAGCCUCUUCGGAGAGGGCCAUUCAGGCUGCGGAGGAAACAAUGAGACAAUUCAACCAGGCCAUCCGAACUCUCCAUCAUCUGCCAGCACUGCAAAGAGCCUGCCACACCCUCCAGCGCCUGACACAGGGCACCAGCCUGCUCUCAGAGGCAGCCCAGAGAGAGGCCAGUGAGUCGCUCCUAUAUCUGAGCACUCAGCUCCUGCAGGCACCACUCCUCAGCAACAGCAGUGGCUCCGACACCAGCACAUCCGCCGCCACCUCGCUCUUCCAGUCCUUCAGCCACCUCCUGACGGCCAUGGACAGCAGCACGCCCACGUCGCACUGGGCCCGGAACCAGCUGACGGAGGUGCUGGAGAACACCAUGGCUGCGCUCACGGCAAUACAGACGGUGCUCUGGGAGGGCAGCUGCGCUGUGGAGUCGUCUGUAACAGUGACCUCUCCCGUGGCCAGCACGAUGCUAAGCAGCCGCAACGCCUCCACUUUGCCCCGGAGCUCGUACCACCUGGCUCAGCCAGUGCCUCUGACGCUGGCCUUCCCGUCAGCCUCUGCCUGGGGAGUGCUGCUGAGCAAACACCCCCGCGUGCAGGUCUGGGUAACAGUCCUGGCAGUCAACCCCUUCAAGCACCUGGACGGGAAGGAGAUCAGGAGCGUUGGGAACAUCUUCCUUACCGCCAACAAGGACUCUAUCGAGGUGCAGGAUUUACCCGAGGACAUUGAGAUCCGUCUGUGGAGAGACGAGCGCGCAGAGACGUCCCCCACUAGGCUCAACGUCAGCACAGAGGAGUUUGUGGUCGAGGUAAACGUCACAUCCAUGGAAGACACCUUGAUUGUCUGUGUGCUGCCCGACGUUCCCCUGCCCAUCGAGCUCUACCUGGGCUACCAGCACCCGCCCAACAGCACCCACGCUCUCCUCAACACCACCCUGCCCACAGGCCACGGGCAGCACCCUGGUGACAACUACACUUGGGUGCUGCCCCCAGCAAUGCUGCAGCUCGGCCCAGGCCCCUACCACAUAAAGGCCGUGGUAAGGCAGAGCCCGGAGCAAGAGCUGCCAAGCCACGUGACAUACACGAUCACCACUGUCGCCACGCAGUGCCACUUCUGGGACCACCACAGGAAGGCCUGGAGACAGGAUGGCUGCCAGGUGGGACCUCAGAGCACAGUCAGCAGCAUCCAGUGCCUGUGCAACCACCUCAGCGUCUUUGGCAGCUCCUUCUUCGCUGUGCCCAGGACGGUGGACAUUCAGGACACAGGCAAGCUCCUCUGCAAGGUGGCCAGCAACCCAAUUGGGGUGGCCUUGCUGGCCAGCCUGCUGGUGCUCCAUGGUGUUGUUGGCGUGUGGGCAUGGAGGAGGGACCAGGUGGAUGACAGAAAGGUGAAGGUCACGAUCCUGGCAGACAGCGACCCCGGGGCUCACGUCCGGUAUGUGGUCCAGGUCUUCACUGGAUACCGCAGGGGAGCAGACACAACAGCGAAGGUCGUGCUCACGCUGUACGGGACAGAGGGACGGAGCGAGCCGCACUGCCUGCGGGACCCCCACAAGCCCGUGUUUGAACGCGGUGGGCUGGACGUCUUCCUCGUUACCACCCGGAGCUCCCUGGGGGAGCUGCACAACAUCAGGCUCUGGCAUGACAAUUCUGGCUCCAGCCCCUCCUGGUACGUCAGGCAGGUGGUGGUCAGUGACGUGACAGCCAGGAGGAAGUGGCAUUUCCUCUGCAGUACCUGGCUGGCUGCGGACCUGGGCGACUGCCAGCUCGAUCAGGUCUUCCCAGCAGCCUCCAGGAGCGAGCUGCUCUCCUCCAGGCAUCUGUUCUGCUCGGCGCUUGUGGAGAAGGUGACACACGACCACCUGUGGCUGUCGGUGCUGACCCACUGCCCCUGGAACCCCUUCACACGGCUCCAGCGCCUGGCCUGCUGCCUGACACUCCUGCUUUGCACCAUGGUCAUCAACAUCAUGUUCUGGAGAGACCUGCCGGAGGCUGGCAACCAGGCAGCCCUGCAGCCAGGGCGCGUCCUGCUCACCUGGCAGGAGCUUGUUACCAGCGUGCAGACCGCACUCAUCCUGCUCCCUAUAAACCUGGUUGUCGGGCACAUCUUCCAGCUGGUCCCGCCGCAAGAACUGCCGCUGCCCCCCACAGGCGUCCGGCUUCCGCGGGCCUCUGCACUCCCCCGGGGGCCGUCCCCCCUCACACGCAUCACGCAGGAGCUGAAGGCGACAGUGGGGUUUCUGUCCAGGACCAAGGUCUGCCUGGAGCCCGAGGUUCUGCCCCAGGAGAUGGACAGCGUCCCUGAGCUCGUGCGUAGCCUCUGCUGCCUUGUUGGCUCUCACCUCCGGAGGUCCAGCCACAGGGGCGUGGAGCCAGCAGAGCCCUGCCUGGCUAACGACAGUCAUCACCAUCUCAGCAGCCACCUGCGCCAUGUGCUGGGGCCGCUGCAGGCCCAGCUCCGAGCUCUGGACCUGAACAAGCUCUGCAAUCCCCACGACUACCUCCAAGCGGCUGGCCGGCUCCAGAGCCUGCUGGAGCAGCUGGAGCAGCCAGGCCGGCGGCUGGAGCCUGGACCGGCCAGGGGCGGGAGGAGCUUCCCCAUCUCGGAGCCCCGGGUGCAGAAGGCCACCAUCCCCUGCCGGCCCCCCCGAGAGGCUGCGUUCAUCUGCUGGGUCACCGUGGCUGCCGCCAGCCUGGCCUCAGCCUACUUCACCGUCCUCCUCAGCUUGAAGCUGGACAGGCAGAGAGCCACCAGCUGGGUCAUCUCCAUGCUGCUCUCUCUCCUCCAGAACAUCUUCAUAAUGCAGCCACUGAAGGUGGCCGGGCUCACCCUGCUCUUCUCACUGGUGCUGAAGAAGAUGCUCUGGCAGGACAAGGGGAAGGAGCAACAGCUACAGAGGAUCCUGGCUCUCCUGGCCAGGUGCCCCUACUUGGAGCUGCCUGGGACAAGAGACUGGAAUGACCCCGUCUACCACCCCCCGUGCCCAAGACCAGCACCCCCUCGAAGGGGGAGGACCUGGAAGAAGAAGAAGCUGUACACACAGCUGGGAGAGAUCGUAGCGCAACUCGUUCUCCUGGCCUCCCUGAUGGUCGUGUGCUACACGGAGCGCAGCCCCCACGAGCUGUACUUCAACGAGGCCAUUCGCAAGAGCAUCACACCCAACUUCUACCACAUCCGCGGCCUGGGGGACUUCUACCGCUGGGCCCACGGCACACUCCUGCCCAGCCUCGACGGGCCACGCCCAGGGUUCAUCUCAGACGGAAACGCCCUCCUCCUCGGCAGCGUGCGGCUGCGGCAGCUCCGGCCCCAGCCACAGCACCAGGUCUGCUCCUGCCGCCAGCAGGACGCAGGGGGCCAUGGGCCUGGCUGGGGUCCCCCUGGCCAGAGCAGGGGGGCACAGGAUAGCAUCUGGGUGAACCACGGCGCAGAGAGCCUGGGGGAACACCCCGUGUGGGGGCAGCUGUCCCUCUACCCGGGAGGAGGCUACCUGGCACACCUGGGAACCAACUCCAGCCAUGCACACAGUGUCCUGCAGUACCUGGAGCGGAGCCGGUGGCUGGAUGGAUGCAGCUGCGCCAUCUUCGUGGAGUUCACAGUCUACAACGCCAAUGUGAACCUCUUCUGUGUGGUCACCCUGCUCCUGGAGACCCCCGGGACAGGUGCCUUCCUCCCCUCUGCGGAGCUGCAGAGCAUCCGGCUCUACAGCAGCAGCGGCUUGACCCAGCUGACCUGCGCGCAAGUCACCUACCUCCUGCUGCUGCUCUUCUACCUCUGGGUGCAGGGGCAGCGGCUGAAGCAGCAGAAGUGGAGAUACUUCAGGAGCCAGAGAAACGUGCUGGACAUAAGCAUCAUUCUCAUCAGCCUUGCAGCAUUUGGGGUGUACAUCAAGUGCCGUCUCCUGCAGAAGAGUGUGAUGGAGAAAUAUCACCAGGACCGCAGCCGGUGA